AUGGAUAUGUGCCUUGACCCAUCUCAUUCACAUAUGCACCCACAAGGUCAUUCGCAUUCCUGUCAUUCACACCAACAACUUUCGUUUCAGGCUCCUUCCAGUCUUUCUACGUCAACUAACUCUGUUCAGCCCACAACUCAUAUAAAUGCGGCACUGGCCAACGCAUAUGCUGUUGGAUGGGCAGCCGGGGCAGCUGCUUUAGUUCACCAACAACAGCAGCAGCACACAAUAAACUCAGCUAUUACCAGUUCAGUGGAUGCACCUUUGGUUAUGUGUCCUCCAGUCAGCGCUAUACUUUCACACACACAUACUUCUGGACCAUUGCAUGAUCAGAUUUUGUUGACAAACAACAAUACAUUCGAGCUUCUUCCUGGAACUUCUUUAUCAACAAAUGGAUCAUGUACUACUUUACCUUCAAACUGUUCGAUUAUGGCUCACAAUGCGCAUUUAAAUUUUCAAACUACUUCUGUCACUGCUGCUGUCGAUUCAGUUACCGGGAUAACUAGUGUUCAAACUGUGUUAACUCAGGCAACACUAGGUGCUAGUGGAACGGGACCAUCAUCUAGUACAACUAAUAGUAUUGGUAGCAUCAGUGGAGGUAGUUCAACCAGCAGUGGAAGCAGUGCUUCAUCCAUGGUUGCUGGAUCUUCAAUUGACCUUACAGAUGACUUUAGUGCUGGUCUACUGGCACUUUUUCAAGAGCUGAUGCCUGAUUUGAAAGCGGAUAAAGAUGAAUUGAUCAAACGAUUUGAAGCUGUCAUGUGUCCCUUCAGCACACUUCGUGCUGCUCGUACUGCUAUUAGUCAACGAAAUGGAACCAAUCUGGAUUCUCCAACCGCAAUCGCUAUGAGUACUAAUGCUGCCGUUUUGGCUCUUAGCAAGUUAAUUGAUCAACAAUCACAGUGCCGUGCUCAUUCUUCGUAUCCUGGAAAUGGUUGUGAAGUACUGGAACAACACCUUUCACCUAGAUGUAUUCAUACAUCUUCAGCUGAUGCCGUCUUGUCUAAAACCACCCAGUGGACAGGUCUGCUUUCGACUUCCUGUGAUACACAGUUUCCGGAACCAAUUUCUUUUUCCACUGAGUGUGGCCCAACACUUAGCAAAGUACCUGAUGAUCAACCAGACCUCGCUGACUCCAACGAUCAUAACUUUAGUGCCGCUGCAAUUGUAACACCGGUUAUGUCUUCUUGCCAUUCAUCAUGCUCCGCAUUAUCAACAUCAGAAUGUUCAAUGUCUUCUGUCCAUAGUGCCAACUUCUUAUGCCGUGCCAAUAAAACAACUUCAACAUCCGUCGAGUCUAUUUUACCUGCACUAAAUUCUUACGACUAUGGAUUGGAUAAAACCUCUGAUGUAUUAGGACCUUGCAUUGAUUCCUCGUAUUUAAGCAAUCUUGUGGAUUCUGUCGGUCUUGCAACAACUCAAGCUGUCAUUCAUGAAGCUGGUUUAAACCAUGAUAUACUUACAUGUUAUCGUCAUUUUCACCAUCCUGGAUCACAUUUUGCUUGUGCGUUUGAUGCUACAGCCACGACAGCUUCAGUAGCGAAUUUGAGUCAUAUGGGUGUUCAUAACAAUAUGCAUCAUCACCAUCAUCAUCAUCAUCAUCAUUCUCUGAAUGUAUCAACUUGCGGAGAUAAUCUAAUCGGUUCUAACAAUUUACUUCAUGUCCCACAACAAUCGUCCGCUAUCUCCAUCGAUAGUUUAAUGGUAAAUCAAGCGGGAACGAUCGCUUACAAUCCCUCAGCAAUGGCAGGAUACCAACAUGUCGCACACCCAACAUUGUUACCAGUAAGUGGAAGUAGAGUUCUGCCAGUAGGACCCCAGUCUAUCCUAUCAUCUGGAAGUGCUUCUAUACCGAACCAUGGUUUGUCACCCAAUGACAUGGCUGCAGUUGCUUCUAACAACUUGUCUAUGAUGGGAGAUACAAUAUCUCCCUUGAAUGUACCAUCUUUAAUUGAUGUUAAUGCUUGUAUUGAAUCCAGUAUGGAGACAGCUCUAACUUUGGCGUGUAGUGGGGGAUUUGUUGAUCUUGUUCGUCUGUUGUUGGAACGUGGAGCUGACAAAGAACAUCGUGACAAAAAAUCACAUACACCACUCCAUACUGCUGUGUGUGCCAAUCAGCGCUCUGUCGUCUCAUUGCUGCUUGAUUAUGGCGCAGACAUUGAGGCACAAGUGGAUCGCACAAAAGAUACGGCUCUGUCAAUAGCGUGUUCUCAUGGAAAAUUAGAGAUCGUCGAAGAACUACUGAACCGUGGUGCCAACAAAGAACAUCGGAAUAUAUCUGAUUACACUCCGCUGAGUUUGGCUGCGUCGGGAGGAUAUGUUGAGGUUAUACAAUUGCUUCUACGUCAUGGUGCAGAAAUAAAUUCGAGAACCGGUUCAAAGCUUGGAAUCUCUCCCCUUAUGUUAGCUUCUAUGAAUGGACAUACUGCAGCUGUUCGUUUGUUACUUGAACAUGGCUCGGAUAUAAACGCACACAUUGAAACUAACCGCAAUACUGCUUUGACCUUAGCAUGUUUUCAAGGUCGUUACGAAGUUGUACAACUUUUGGUCGAACGCAAGGCCAAUAUUGAACAUCGUGCGAAAACUGGUCUUACUCCUCUAAUGGAAGCAGCCUCUGGUGAUUAUGUAGAAGUUGGGAGAAUCCUGUUAGAUCAUGGGGCUGAUGUCAAUGCGUCACCCGUACCAAGUUCCAGAGACACAGCUCUGACCAUUGCAGCCGAUAAAGGCAAUGCGAAAUUCGUCAACUUGCUCUUGGAAAAAGGUGGAGUUGUUGAAGCACGAAAUAAAAAAGGUGCCACCCCACUAUGGUUAGCUUCAAAUGGUGGUCACCUUGAGGUCGUUCAAAGUCUUAUCCAGUACAAUGCAGAUGUGAAUAGCCAAGACAAUAGAAAAGUCAGUUGUUUAAUGGCAGCUUUUCGCAAAGGUCACAUUAAUGUGGUGCGCUUGUUAGUUCAAUAUGUAACUCAGUUCCCAUCUGAUAAGGAUUGUAUUAGACAUAUUAAAACUGCAGUAACGGACAAGGAGCUGGCUAAACGCUGUCAACAGUGCAGGGAAAUUAUUAUAGCUGCUAAAGAAAAACAAGAAGGUGAGGCGAAGAAGAAUGCUGAUUGCCUUUUGGAACAAAUUGAACAGGAAGAAGAGGAACGAGCUAAUCGAGAAGCUAUGCAAGCUCGAAAACGAGAAAGGAAACGCAUGAAGCGUAAAGCAAAGCAAGAAAAAGAACGCCAAGUUAAAGGCACAAAUCAAACACAUACAGAUUCUAAUGUCGAUGCGUCAUCUCGAAGUAAUACAACUGCUGAAACCAAUGAAAAUAAACGUACUAAUCAGGAUCGUGAUGAACAGUUUAGAGUUGAACAUAGUCCAACACUAUCACGUGUCCUACAACAUGCCCAAGAAUCCUCACUAUGUAACCAAUUGUCAGAUGCUAUAAUUUAUGAUGUAGAUGACAAGCAAUGUUCUGCCUUUCGUAAUCCCUCUGACUCACUUAUUGUAAAAGAUGUACAUCUUAAUUCCGAUGCUUCCAUAACUAAUGUUGAAAAAUCCAAUGUUCAACACGAUUCUGAUUCUGUUGAUAACAGUUUUUGUUCACAAGAAGCUGAAUCGAAUGCUGCGGCUGUAACAGAAGCCAAACGUGAAAAACAUCGAAACAAGAAACAAAGCCAACGAGCAGCAAAACGUGCAGCUGCCGAAAACAACACUGCUUUCGAUUUGGAUAAAGUCAGUAAAUCACCCAGCCCAGAAAUUCAGGACCCUAUUAAUUCCUCAACCUCUCCUUGUUACGCUCUUUCUCCAAGUGGAGAUAGUGAAAACUGGAACUUGCUCAUCGAGUCCCAAAGUGCUCAUUUUGGUCAGUAUUUUAAUAUGGGCAAAAGUUCGAAUGUUGUCAGUGAUUCAAAUACAUGGACUGUAGUCGUACCAUCUAACAGUACGCGAUCUCAACGCACUACAGUGAGUACACACGUUUCUUCGCGUGUAAGUAAUGAGAUGGCUGAUUGGAAGACUACCAACUCUAGCAACAGUUCUUAUAAACGUCGACUUUCAAUUCCUGUUUCAAGGCAUGAUAUUGGGAAAGUCAUAGGUCAGGGUGGGGCAGUUGUUAGUGCCCUAAGAAAUAUGAGUGGGAUUCAAAUAGAUAUCGAAAGUGCGCGAAGUGAUGAAGUAACAGAGCGUAUGGUCUAUUUGAAAGGUCCCAGCGAAGCUGUCCAGCGAACUUAUGAAACAAUUCAGGGACUUCUCGACGGUUCAAUUGCUGGCAAUGAUGUCCUACUAAUGUAUCACGCUUUAAAAAAGUCUUCUACUCUACCAUCAAGCAUGUCGCUUUCUGGUACUGCUUUAGGCUCUCUUACUUCUAGGUUGAAUGGUGCAACUAGUGUGACAGUCCAGAAUACAAUUAAAAGCGGGUUGUCUAGUGUUAAGGUUAUCAACCCAAGUAACAGAACUCCUCGUAGAACUGGAAAAUCUGUAACUAAUCCCGUAGCUGCAAAUACCACUCGAUCUACCUCAACUCAACCAACUCCGCUUCCCGUAGUCCCAAAACCCACAAAAACACCCACAAUAUCCAUCUCUAAUAACAGUAGCAAUAGCACGUUUUCAAGUACAACAGCUACUUUGAUUCCUUUGAUAUCUUCCGGUCUGAAAACAACUUCUGGACCAACGAGUUGGAGUUCUAAAGUCUCAAAUACCAGCUCUUCAAAGGGUAACUUCGCUUCCGUUGCUGCGGCAGGAAUAAGUACUCAUUCAUCGCGCCUCGUUAAGCCAGUAGACAACCAGAUAGUAAAAAGUGUUCGCAGUCAGUCAAAAACUACCGUUCAAAACUUAAUGACUGCACCGGCUCCAGCUUUGUCAUUAUCAACAACAACUCCUGUUUCGUUACUAUCUCUCAAUUUAUCUCCGUUUCCAUCGAGUAGCCAAAUGUUUCCAGAUUUUAUUCCAUCGCUUUCUAAUGUCGGCGAUUUCUGUACUGAUUCUUUAGAUGAAGUUAGCUUUCCACCCUUGAAUCCUUCUAAAUCCACCAAAGUUACUCAAUCGAGAACAGCCACGACAACAACAAUACCGGCAGUAACUGUGUCAAAUAUGAAGAAUCCGUCAUGUUUAUCUAACACACAUGUCUCCUCUUCGUCUGUAAAUUGCCCUGUCGAAGGCAUUUCGUUUGGAAUGGAUAAACUUAAGAUAAAUACCUCAUCUGGUGACUUAACAUACAUGCUUUCCAUUAGUGUAUUUGACAGUCCCGUUUCUACAGUUCAUACAGCAUCUGUCUCAAAUUCAUUCCCCCUAACAACGCUUUCUACCACAUCACCAUCUAAUUAUGGACCUUUGACAGUUUCUCCUACUUGUGGAGUUAUGCAGACUUCUCAGUCGAAUACUCCAAUGGGUUCCGGUAACACACACACUUCAGCUUAUGUUUCUACACCGCCUACAACUACAACUCAAACAAAGUCAUUUGCUAGGGCUCCGGGUUCUGAACGCAGCGCACAUCAAAGAAAUGCAAAUGUAACAGCUACUUCCAUCUCCCUUAGUCUAAACGAUUCCUUCCCACCAUCGCUUUUAUCCUUGGAUGUUAAUGGUAACACAAAUGUUUCCGUAAACGGCGGUGCUAAUGACACUACACUUUUCACACCAACAAAGCGUGCUGUCGCUUCAGACAUUCACAAUCCUGAUUUUCGUCAUGAUUCAAUCUCAAAUCAUUUUCGACCUGAUAGGUCAUGUGAUUGGCAAACUUCUGACUCAUCUGCAGCUCCUGCACCAUCGUCUUCUGCAUUUGUGAAGAACACUACGUACUCAGUAGCCUCCAACACACUAACAAUUACAUCCACUAGUGUCAGUAGCUCGAUCAUCGACAGUCACUCAGCUAUGGACUCUGUCCCAGUCGUUACGAACGUAUCACAAACGCGCGAUCCUAUCGGUUCUCUCCACUCUAUGCCAAUAUUAUGGUCUGCUUCGAGACCCGAUUUGAAUCCCAACUCAAUAGGUUUCCAUCCAUCGUUCCAAACACUUAACCAAGUCGUACCAAACUUGAAGGCUAGUACUGAAUCAGCUGACCCAUUAAUUCAGGCUUCCUUACUCCGAAAUGACUUCUCUAAUCACUCUGUAUCUGAUCAAUUUCAAGAUCAAUACUCUACCCAAGGAGCUCAAUCUGGUGUCUUGCGUCAAAUGGUCACACAAGCAUCUCUCCAGAAAUCGAAUCCUGUUGGAUUAUCAUAUUUACAGUCCGCCCAUCAACAAACUCAGAUUAGUAAUUGCUCUUCAGGUUUAAACAUUUCAAACACGCAAAGUAUGUUGCCAACAUCCUCAACAAAUACUCCACUAAAUGCAUCUUUCCGGUUCAAGCCUCCAAUGUCUGGUACCUCUGCAUAUUUAGAAUCACGAUCUACAGCAUUAAAUGGUUUUCCAAGUGGUUUUUGUUCUCCAUCGACUUCUUCAAUGCCUUUGAAUAAUCAAUUUUCUUCCGUUUUCCCUAUGACUCAACAACAGUACUAUUUCAGCCUUAAAUCAACAGACGCAAGUGGAUUAUCAACUCGUUUGGGCAAUUCAUCACAUCCUAUGAUUAAUCAAACACAAUUGUCUAUGUGUUCAUCUGGUCCAGGUGGAUCUUACACUCCUCCUCCUUUUAUGACCGGUUAUGUUCAACCUAGCAUCCAACCUGUGUGUAGUGCUACAUCAGUCGUCCAUCCAAAUACAAACUAUACAUCUCAUUUGCUUAACGGUUUCAGUUCUUCAUCCCAUAUUGGAACAGUGUGUACUCCGACAGUAGGUGCUGGGGUUCCGUUAGGUGUUCCAUCAAAUGCGGCACAAGGUCCUGUUCAAAACCAGCCCGUUCCUAUACAACCAAUCGGUGCUGAACGUCGCCGACAAGCCAACACUCUCACGUCUGUCACUUCUUCGAGUAUAGUUUAUCCCAAUAUGUCGAGCAAUAAUAAUCUGGCUGGGCCUGUCAACUCAGCAGCUCCGGUUGUAGCCAAUCCCCUGGCGACGAUGCAUCCACAAGCUCCUUCUCCUCAACAGUGUUCCGUUAAUUCCAAUGCUAAUAAUUUGUUAAUGGCGUUUACUAUGAAUUGGAUGCAGCAACAACAACAACACUCAAACUUAGUUAGUGGUGUUUCUGGGACAGUAAAUUCACCAGCUAACUGGCCUCCUCCCAUGUGGCCUACUAACAACAUAAAUAAUAACUAUCCUGUCACCUGUCCACCAAUGAAAGUUCCUCCUUGUAAUCCAAAUGACAUGAACAUCUAUAACAAUUCAGCUAUGCUUCCAAACACUUUACCUGCUGUUAAUGGAGUGGCAGGACACCAGCAUCAACAAUCAAUAAUGGCCGCAGCUAUGGCGGCAAUGGCAAAUAUAUAUCCUUGGAAUAGUGGCGGUGGUAGUGGUAGCGGAAAUUCCGGUAUCUUAAGUGGAAUCCCUGGUGUAUCAACAGCUGGCUCAAAUCGUUGGGUAUGUCCUCAAGUUAGCACUGCAUUCCCUGGUGUCAACCAUCGACUGCACAACCGUACUACCAAGAACAAUAUCCUACAUUAAAGCCUAGUGGUGGUAAUUAGUUGUUGUUGUUGGUUCUGUUGCCAUCGGGAGUUUUCACACCACAUACUUAACGUGAAGAGGUAAUUUAAAACGUAAACUGCUCUUGACUUUUGGAUUGAUA